GCGGAAUUACAAACAGAAAAAGGAAAUGGAGAACUUGUACUGAGUCGUCUUUCGUCGAGACGAUACAUCAUACAACGGCAAUACUGUAACAUCAAAAACAGACACCCAUCGAAAGAGUACGAUACCCAUAGGAAGACAACGCACAGCGGAAAAAUAGGAAUGCGGCUGAUGCCCACCGGAACAAUAUCUAUCAAGCGCCUCUAAAAUAAAAAAUAAGAGACAGCGACGGGAGGCCCAGGCUGAAUCAAUCAUUGCAUCACAUCGCUUGGCAUCGCAUCCAAUUACACCACAUUGCCACCCCGCCGAACCAUGCCUUUCUUUACAAGAAUAAUGCAAUCUCCACGGUUCCUGGCAUGCGUCAUGGGUGGUUUUCUGAUUUCAGUUAUGGCAUCGCCUUCCUUUCCUUUCGUCAACGGCCCUCUUGCAGUGCUUCUGAUAAUAACCGUUACAUUCUGCUUGCUAUCAAUCUCAAUGGGAUAUUACGACGAUGAAUCAAUAGAAAUAAGGAACAAGCAAGGAACAAGUUGUUACAAGAAGGCUGAAUAUCUGCUCAUUUUCGCACCCAGUUUUGCCCUCUCCAUCCUUCUCUUGAUCCGCCUAUUUUCAAGAAAUAAGUUUUUUACAGUGCCGGGCCUACUUGAAUUUGGACCGAAAAAUGGCGACAUGAAUGAAUUUAUCAGUAACAUAGCCUUUCUCGGUGGAAGUGGCACUGCAUUCGGACACUGGAUCCAAGGUUUUCUCGCUAGCUUUUUGCUYAGAGUCAACUGUAAAAAAUGCAAGAAGAAUGAUGUGGAUGACCUGUCAUUUCACGAUAGCGAUGGGAAUGCCGACGAUCAAAGGAUGGCUUGGCGCUGUGGUCGUACACCCCCAGGCAUGAACAUUGCCAAUAUUGCGGCCUACUACGGUACAAUAUACCCGACUUAUAAUUUUGUCAAGCGAUGCAUUAGAACUCCAGACACAUUCGCAACGUCGUCGUAUAUGAAUAAUGGAAUGGAGUGGGCUCUGGGAUUUUGGACUGGGCACGCGGCAGGAUUCAUUGCCGAUACCAUGUUUUAUAACAGGAUGCGCCCAAUUGCAAAUGCAAGUGGUUCUGAUAGCACCGCUGAGACGGUAGUUUCAAUAAUAUCAGAAGAAGAAACGAGACCGUCAUCUGCAAUAACAACAACAACUGCCGAUGUUCCAGUUCCAGAGCCCACAAUUCGAAGCGAGGACAAACGAUGGAACUGCCCUUUUAGUUUUUCGUUUGUUCUUCUCAUGCUUGGUUGGGUGAUUGGGACUUUAUUUUUGACCUCCGUUUUUGGAGCAUGCAUCAUGACGGGGUAUACUUGGAAUAAGUGCGAGGGGGAGUCCGAGGAAUGUGUGAAUUACAACCCUGAUGAAUUUCCAGCAAUUAUCGCAUUUAUCAUUACAAUGGUUCCUACGCUCACCGUGUGCGCCGUUUUGUGUUGACGAGGGUUCUAGGUUUGAGCUUUUUUGUAAAGUGCAAAUUCGUUUAGUGAUAUAUCGAUGUAUCAUUGAGGCAGUCAAAUUCUGAUCACGGUGUAACCUUGCAUAUAGAAAUAUAGAUAAACCAAAUUGUGUGCUUCUAUUAAACACGUCGAACACAUGAUGAAUGGCAAAAUAAUUCGUUGCAAUACGGUAUUGGCAAUCAGUCUCAUCAUCGAUGAUAUAUAAUCAUGAUAUAGGACUAUGCUCAAUUACGACAGCUCCUCAAUCAGUGGUUGGACAAACAGUACCCCGAAGACUAUGAUCUGGAUAACAACGAAAGACAAAGCUGCAAAAGCCGUAUUGGCACGUCCCAGUACCGCUGCUUGGACAAAAGCAUCCAAGUCAACUUCGUUCUUCGCCGGCUUGACCUUGCUGAGGACCUUGGCGACCUUGUCCGGCGUGGCAAUACUAGCUCCACUGUGUGCACAUUAUUUUUGGGAGCGUGGGUGAACGAUUCAGUAGUUUCGGUUUCGAAAAAUAGUGGGGCAUGAAACAAAAGGGCCGAGUCAGGUUAGUAGCCGCUUACAUGUUAUAAAU